AUGGCGUUCAAGUGCAAGUUUAUUGUUCUGGCGUGCGUGAUAGUGUUAGCCUCAUCACAGAAGAACACAAAGCGGAAGCAAGCUAAUCCAGCGCCGCCAGCCCGAGUCUCCGCUGCUGACCCUGACACAGAAAUCACCAGCUCUUGUCCAGAAGAUGGAUUCUUCGCGGAUGCUGAACAGUGCGACAAAUAUUACCAAUGCAGCAAUGGUGAAAUAACAGAAAAACUAUGCCCUGACGGUAUGGUGUUUAACGAUUACAACCCAGACGAUGAGAAAUGUGAUCUUCCCUUCAAUAUUGACUGUUCACAGAGGCCCAAAUUACAAACACCAAUUCCUAGUCUCCACUGUGUCAGACAAAACGGAUACUUUGCGCACGAAGAACCUCAUGAAUGUGGCAAAUUCUACUAUUGCGUGGAUGGAAAAUUCAACCAGAUCACUUGCCCAGACGACUUAGUGUACAAUGAGAAGACUGGUAUUUGCACAUGGGCCGAUGAAGCCAAGAAGAAGGGAUGUGGAGCUGCUGAUAUCUUCCAAUUCCAAUGUCCAGAAGUAAACGAGACCUUUGCACUAACCCACCCACGGUAUGCCGACCCUGAUGACUGUCAAUUCUUCUACGUUUGCAUCAAUGGUAACGUCCCUCGUCGCGGCGGGUGCAAGCUCGGUCAAGCUUUCGACGACGUUCAGAAGAGGUGUGAAUGGGCUAGGAAAGUCCCAGAAUGCAAAGACUGGUACAAAGAUCGCCUAACAGACGCUGAAUUAGACGCUCUAGAGAACCCACCAGUGGCUAAGCCAAAACCAUCAGGCGCCCCCUCCCGCCGCAAGCCACAAAGACCCAAGCUAGGCAAGCAAGCUGAUGUUGCCGUAGAAUAA